AUGGAGAAAUAUUUCUCAUACAACACAAUAUGUACGACCGAAAGCGGAACAGAGCUUCCCCAGUAUGAUAUCUGUCACAGCGUCACUUUCCGUGGGGUUGCACCUACGAAAACUCCCAGCCCUGCAUCGCCUCUCGAGUACCCCGAGAGGGACCUGCAUGUGAAUGAACAACAGAGGACCAAAAAUCACACAUUCCUUCCAAAAGUGAAAUGUACCGUUCAAGCACGUAUCCCGACAACAUUUGGCACAGAUCUACGGCUGCACGUUUAUAAGAACGAUUUCGAUGACAAAUCUCAUCUGGCAUAUGUUUUCGGUGAUCAAAUUCAGAGCCUGAGCUUGAAUCUGAGAAUUGAAGAUGAUACAGACUUAGACCGAAUGAUUCGAGGAGCCUAUAAAGGGAGAUUAUGGCCUGGGCAGCUCAACAGUGAGGAUUCACGGUUGGGUAUCACACAUGCAAAACCUCCGAAAGAAAGUGAGACAUUGGUUCGUGUUCAUUCAGAAUGCUAUACUGGGGAGACAGCAUGGUCUGCGAGAUGCGACUGUGGAGAGCAACUGGAGGAAGCAGCGCGUAUGAUGAGCACGUCUAGAAGCGGCGUAAUCAUAUAUCUUCGACAAGAAGGCCGUGGGAUCGGUCUGGCAGACAAACUGAAAGCAUACAAUCUUCAAGAUCUAGGAUUCGAUACGGUCGAUGCAAACCUAGCCCUCGGGCACCCAGCAGACUCCCGGAUGUAUGGGAUAGCGACCGCGAUUCUGAUGGACCUUGGCCUAGGGAACGAUUCGGGCAGUCCCGGAAUUCGUUUGUUAACGAAUAAUCCAGAUAAGGUCAACACGAUUGGAGGACCUAACGGAGAGGUCACCGUGAAAGAAAGAGUACCUACAAUCUCUUUGGAGUGUGACUCUGACUCUAGUAGAAGCUGGGGAUUGAAUAGCCCGGAGCUUCAUACAUAUCUAGAAACUAAGGUUCACAGAAUGGGACAUCUUAUACUCGCAACUGCAGGUGAUGGCUGCCGAUAA